GAGGAGCUGUUUGUUCGACGACCCCCCCGUCUCUGAACCAGCACACAGCAGCUCAGCACACGGAAAGUGCCCCUACUGGAUGUGAAAUGCAGAGAGCGCCUGGCCUGCCUCAUUCCCCAGCCGAGCACAUAGCCUGGCCUUGGUAAUACCGGCAGAAGGCAGAGAGCACCCCCUUCUACUGCACGGUAACGGCACCAAGCGCCCUCUCCUAGCGGGGGUCAUCUGUGGAGAGGUGCUUCUGCUCAUUACUGUCGCGUGGUUAAUUAGCAGCAAUCAGCAACAGAGGGGUUUGCGGCGGGGAAGAAGACGGGUUGGCUACUGUAGCUAUGGGGGGUCCGGCUAUGGAUUGCCUGGCCAAUCCGGUCGGUGCUGUUCGGCUUCUUUUCGAGAAAGCUGCGUCACAGAUAUCUGAUGCUCGUCAGCUGUCCAGCUAUGAUUGGGGAGUUCGGGAAUUGUUUGAGAAUUUCGUCGAUCGGCCUGGCAUGAUGGAGAAGAUCCCAGAAGUGAACACUGUGCCGUUGCACACUAUUCCUGCCAAUUCACUCGUGCGCUUUCGCGGAAUGGGACCAGAUGGUAUCUGGCAUACGACAAAAUACACUGACGUGGCGAGCACUUUGAUCGACAUGUGCAAGGAACAGCAAGUCUGGGAAAGGCAUCUGCUUUACUGUGUGCCGGUGCCAGGAGAGUCAAGAUGGUGCAGAGAGCCAUCGGGAGCCACAUGCUCAGGAGACGCUGAUGUGACUUCUGCAGAUGAUGCAGAAAUGCAGCAGAGGGAGAAGCGGGAAAGAGAGGAGGGCAUGGAAACCUCUGAUGACACUGAAGGAUGUGGCGGGGGAGAAGCAAAACGGCAACAGACGGAAAAUGGAAUUGUAAACGGCUCUGGGCAAUCACGAGAAACCUGCAAACCAUCGCAAAACAGAAACCUUCUGAACAUUCCUCUUGGAGAGCCUGAGGGAUCAAAACUCGUACCAUGUCUAGUUAAGGUUUAUGAUAACGUUGAUGCCGAGCUGAAACUCAAUGAUGUGGUGGAGUUCAUAGGGAUCUUGACUUUUGAUCCUGAGCUGAGUGCUGCUGGAUUUUCAAGAAAUGGACGAGGUGUGCAAUCUGGAGGAGCAGCAGCAAGCGGCAUGUGUGAUGGUGAUGAUGUUGAUGGUCACUCUAAUAUGAUCGUAGUUGACGAGGACAUGCUGGUGGAUGAUGACAACUUUGCAGUUCAUCUCCCAUACAGCAAGGUUCCAAGACUGCACUGCAUCUGCAUACGGCGGGUCAUUUCAUCGAACCCCUUGCUUUCUCAUCCUGGCUCAGAUUUGGAAGUGUCAACUAUGGCAAAACUUCCUGAGGAAGCGUCAGCUCUCCGUCAAUCCUUGGUAGAGAGGCUUUCCAAGCUCUUAGGGGGUGAUCACCUGGCAGCUGACUACCUGCUUCUGCAAAUGUUCUCUAGGGUGCUUUCUCGGAAAGAGCUGAGGCCUAUAGGAAGCCUCUCCCUCAAUCUCACCGCAUGCCCUACGCCCUCACAAAGUGCCUGCACGGGGAUUGAGAAGACGGGGCUUGUAGAGAGCACAGGGGUGCAAGAGCCAACCUUCGGUCAGAAGAUUUCCCACAGCAUCAGCUUGCUGCUGCCGAGAACCCAUCUCGUUCCACUGACACUGGAGGAACUGAAUGGACACAAUUUUGUUCCUUGGAAGGACUAUGAGAAGAACAGAUUGAGCACAGGCAUCUUGCAGCUCAGUGAAGGAACUCAUCUGACGCUCGAUGAGACUUUGCUGAAGCCUGGAAGACUGACAGAAGUCGGUGUGGCAAAUGUGCAGAGCCUGAAGAAACUAAUGCAAUUGCAGCAAGUGGACUAUGACUUCAAGUACCACACUAUGACCAUGCAAGCUGAUGUACAGAUGCUCAUUCUCUCACAAGGGAAGUCACUCCUCCCUGCCGAUGUUGUUUUGCCACUACGAUCAACGGCUCCUGUGAUCCCUUUGCAUGAGGAGGACAAUAGAGAAACCCUUCCCAAGUGGAGGCAUUACAUCGGUCUCGCACAGCGCCUAGGACACUCAAUUGACGGAGACGUGAGAAAGGUUAUUGAAGCCGACAUAAUUGCUGCUAGGAAGGAAGACCCAUUGGUGGGCACGGACACCUUUCACAGGUGAGAUCAUAUUUUUGUGUUCUUUGUUAUCCAUUUUGUAAAUUGCCGGGAGGGGAGGGGAGGGCGGGGGGGGGGGUGAAGAGAGGAUUUUCAUAAAUUUGUGGAAUCAAAUCGCAGCUUUUCU